UGAUCCUUCAACUCUGUUGUUUUUUUCUAAUAAGAGCCCUAUUUUUGAGAGCGCCCUGGGCGCUUAUUAUGUUGAGUACGGUAUGUAGAAUUUGCUUUGUCAAGUAUGGGAAGUAACUGUCUGCAUAUAUGCUGAAUCAUCAAAAUCAGUGACACACCGAACAAGUAUGAGUGUAAGUAUUUGUUUAUGCAUGUAGGUGAUAUAUUUAAGUCUGACGAGUCCAGAUAGGUCAAGUUUCAUACAUCAGGUCCAAUGUCAGGACUGAAUAACAGUCCUACUUUGAUCAUGACUUGACUAUGCUUUAUAGUCAACAGUCAGAAACUUCAAGCCUCGGGCUUGUCACAAGAUUGUGUUAUUACUCAGGCUGGCAAUUGGUUUUUGAGGCUAAAAUAAUCAUUAGAGGUCAUCAUGCGCCUAAUACGGUGACCUGAUCCGCGACAAAGACGAUGAAGAUUUCGACAGUGUGACGGAUCACUUUGUGUGAUCACCGGUUGAAUCACUGUCUUACUCAUUAGGGAACCCGAUUCUACCAGGCCAGGCUUAAUUCAUUGCUGAGUAAGCUGGCUGCUUGACCACUGGUCAAACGAGGACUUCCUGUAUGGGGAUGGACCUACCUUGAACGACAUGAUGGAUGUGAAGUGCUUGUGUCUGUAUUUCAGGAGAAAAGGUAGUUUCUGGAUGUUGGUUGUGGGUGUGUUAGCCUUGUUGGUUGUGUGCUGAGGUGGAAAAAAUAUGGGAUUUGGAUAUUUUUUUAAUCUCGACAAGCAUUGUGUACAUCGUCAUCUCAGAGAAAAAUCAGGUUUCAAUUUGAGUGAUGAGGAUCCCUCUCGUGGAUGCUUCAAGAUGGCCGAAGAAGUAACCGUGACAGCAAAGUAUGACUAUCACGCUGAAAACAGUCAAGAACUGGACAUAAAGAAAAACGAGAAACUGACUCUUUUAGAUGACAGCAAGGAUUGGUGGAAAGUCCAGAACAGCUCUAACAAGUCUGGAUUUGUGCCAUCAAACUACGUCCGACGUAUAAAACCCAAAGCAUCAAUAUUUUCAAGUCUGAAAAGUCUUGGCCGGAAAAAAAGUGAUGCUGCAAAGAACUCGGCUUGUCCGUCACCGGCGACGCUGCGUAAUGGUGAUGCCAGGAGCAACGGUCCGCUUCAUCCAAGUGGGAGUUCGACCAGUAGUCAACCUUGCCACGAAGCAACUCCUGCCACUGCCAAAUAUCACUACACGUCCCAACGAGAAGACGAAAUCUCUCUUGUGAAAGGGGAACAUUUAAUUGUGCUAGAAAAGUCCAAUGACGGCUGGUGGAAGGGCCAGAAGAACGACAAUUCCGUGGGCUGGUUCCCGUCGAAUUACGUGUUGGUGGAUUCCGAGGUGGACUACUGCACUGCCGCCACGGCCGAGUCCAUGAUGAAUGACUGUAUAGAGGUGGUGACCACCCUCUAUCCCUUCACGGGGAAAAACAAGGAAGAGAUGAGCUUUGACAAAGGCCAGAGACUUGAAAUAAUCGACAAACCAUCGGAGGAUCCCGAGUGGUGGUUUGCUCGGAACAGUAGAGGCGACAUGGGGCUGAUUCCACGGAAUUAUGUGCAAAGUGUGGAAGAGUGUGACGGUGACCGGGGCACGAGCAUGAGCUCCUGCACCCCCCAGUCCCAGUCCACGAGUAGUUUGUCUAACGCUUCGUCGCUGGGGAUCACGGGUGGGCGGAGGCAGUUCCAUGUCUCGGGGCCUCUUCAGGAGAAGGAUUGGUACUUUGGGAAAAUUAGCAGGCCUCAGUGUGAGGAACUUUUAUCCAAAUAUGCCGAGGACGGUGACUUUCUUAUUAGGGACAGUGAAUCUGCCGCCGGCCAGUACACAGUAGUGUUGAAGGCACCAAAUAGAAACAAACAUUUUCGUGUGCAUGUUAAAGAUGGCGAGUACCAAAUAGGCCAACAGACUUUCACGUCACUGGAACAGUUGAUAGAUCAUUACAAGAGACAUCCAAUUUACAAACAGGAGUCGGAAAAACUCUACCUUGUCAAAUCUUUUGUAAUGCAGGCCGACUUCUGACAACUAGAUGCACUGGUGUGAUUUCUUAAUCUGGUCAUCGUGGUCAGCCGCGGUCAUCCCGCGGUAAGCGGACGAACAGUUGCUACAUUGGGAGUACAGAACCGAACUGCUCAGCCUGAGGAUCAACUCGGAAUAGAAGAGAAGAAAUGUACUUGCUUAUUGAUUUUUGAAGUGUUUUUUUAAAUGGAAAAAAGGAUGUAUGUUCCACCUACUUAAGACGUGUAAGACACAGAAUCUCGAUUUGAAACGACUGUUGUCAUGUAUUUAACCAGCUUCAUUGUUAUUACCAAUAGAAAAGUUUGAUUGACUUGUAUCACAACAGCUUUUACCAUGGAAGAGCAGUAGCAUUGGUUUAGAGUUUUCUCUCAGUAUAUUUUGUGAAAAUGAUAAGUGAUAUUACGUGUUAUAAAAAUGAGGUCCAAAAAUUGUAGUGAUAUUUUAGAAGCGUUACAGUUUGAUAUUUUUACUAUUAAUGAUGUUAAAAGCUGGUGAUGAUUGCUGCGAUCUUUGCAUCUUGAGCUCACCGAUAUAUUAGUCGUAAAGUCUUCACUUUUGAGCAAACGUGAGUCUGUCAAUCCAUGACAACAGCUUCACUACUCAGUAACUGAAACAAAUAUGCAAGCUGUCCGAUGUUAGCAUUUUGGGGGUCACAUUCAAAUACCAUAGAAGAUCUCAAGGCCCAUGGCCCCUGUUCAUAUUGAACAAUGAAAUGUGUUGCUGGGGAAUCUCGAACCAACCAUGUUUAGAUGUUGUUGAACUCUACUGCUCUUUCAUGGGACAGACCCUUCGUAUAUAUGGUAAGGCGAUCCCAAUAUUGAGGCAGAGUUGAUGCUGCCUCCUGUAGAAUCUGUAUUAAGUGACCAGUCAAAAUAUAUCAAUCAUCAUCAUCAUGAUCAUCAUCGUCAUUAGCAAUGCUGUUUCUCACGCAUGCUGUGUGGCUGUUGGUUUUAUGCUGCAUGAACUCAACCAUGAAGCAUGGCUGUUGGUUUUAUGCUGCAUGAACUCAACAAUGAAGCAUGGCUGUUGGUUUUAUGCUGCAUGAACUCAACCAUGCUGUGUGGCUGUUGGUUUUAUGCUGCAUGAACUCAACAAUGAAGCAUGGCUGUUGGUUUUAUGCUGCAUGAACUCAACCAUGCUGUGUGGCUGUUGGUUUUAUGCUGCAUAAACUCAACCAUACUGUGUGGCUGUUGGUUUUAUGCUGCAUGAACUCAACCAUGAAGUAUGGCUGUUGGUUUUAUACUGCAUGAACUCAACCAUGAAGCAUGGCUGUUGGUUUUAUGCUGCAUGAACUGAACCAUGAAGCAUGGCUGUUGGUUUUAUGCUGCAUGAACUCAACAAUGAAGCAUGGCUGUUGGUUUUAUGCUGCAUGAACUCAACCAUGAAGCAUGGCUGUUGGUUUUAUGCUGCAUGAACUCAACCAUGAAGUAUGGCUGUUGGUUUUAUGCUGCAUGAACUCAACCAUGAAGCAUGGCUGUUGGUUUUAUGCUGCAUGAACUCAACCAUGAAGCAUGGCUGUUGGUUUUAUGCUGCAUGAACUCAACCAUGAAGCAUGGCUGUUGGUUUUAUGCUGCAUGAACUCAACCAUGAAGCAUGGCUGUUGGUUUUAUGCUGCAUGAACUCAACCAUGAAGCAUGGCUGUUGGUUUUAUGCUGCAUGAACUCAACCGUGAAGCAUAGCUGUUGGUUUUAUACCGCAUGAACUCAACCAUGCUGUGUGGCUGUUGGUUUAAUGUCGCAUGAACUGACUAUUCAUUGAGCCCUAGUCUUUUGCACAUGUAUGUUAUAUAGAUUUGAAAUGUACUCCUAUCAUCUACAUAAGUAUCAAAACCUUUUGUUGAGAUUCUUAAUGAGGGCAUGAGAAGACUGUAAUAUAUAAAUUAUUGAUUGUGAACUGACUGACAUAAAUUGUAUGUUUCCCUCCCCUGUUAUAGAUAUGUCUUUUGUCUCAAGCGUUGAAUCAAAUACUAUCUGGAAUUAAAUUUGUGCAGGCAGAAUAAAGGUGUUUCCAUGUCACAGUGCCAGUCUCACACUUUGGUAAAUUGUGUUCCAGGUGCUGUCAUAUGUACCUAUGAUUGUGGGUUCGAAUCCCGGUUCGCCCCGAUUAUGUUUCUAGGUUUGUCAGCACCAUACCCAUGCUCGUGGGUUUCAACGAAGUGGUUAAACGUCUAAGACCUGCAUCACUUCGGGCUUUCCUCCCACAUUAAGCUGACACGCCGUGAUAUGACUGGAAUACUGUUAAAAGUGGCGUUUAACCCAACUCACUCACUGUCAUUUGUAAAAGCAUUGAAUGUAUUAAGCAUGUUUGAUGGGCCUUUGGAGCAUAUGGCUUUGACUUUGAAUAAAACAGGAAGCAGGAAAAUGGACAAUAGUUAUUGACAUGAUACACAGUGAAACCUUGUUUGUGUGGACACUGUUAAUCCCAGACUUUCGACAGAGAUGCCAACCCUGAUUGAAGCUUACGAGUAAUCAGUGGGGUAAAGAAACGAUUUCCUGUGAAAAAGAGUAAUGUUGACAGUCCCCACAGCGAUAGAAACUAACAUCUUUAGUCUGCUAGUCCUUUUAAUGAUAACAUAGAGCAAAACUCUUAAAAAUGGCAAUUUUCUACUAGUCCUUAUGAUACCUUAACUUUUGGGCAGUUUGGCAAGCACUACAGGACAAGUGCCAAUUUCUAAAGCUGACCUUUAGUUCUUUGUCUGCACGAAUAUAGAUUAAUCGAUAACAUGACUUGAUCGAAAACAUGUCUUGAUCGAAAACAUGUCUUGAGUGUCUUUUAAAAUAACAACCAUUCAUAGACCUUGUACCAUCAUAGAAUUGAAAGCAUGGCUCCCAUUGGUCAGCAUAGCCUCCCUGUAGAACGCUUUUUAUCACAUUAUAUAAUACAGUAACAAUUUGCUCCCUGUGAUAAUUUAUGCAUGUGGUAAAAAAUACGUGAAAAAAUGACAUUAAUCUCAAUUUGGGGGAGGACAAGCAUAAUAGCAUAAUGUUAGGCUAAAAAAUCGUCUCCAUAGGCCAAAAUCGUACUGGUUCGCAUCUCUGGUUUUUGGAAAGACUACAGAAAUGACAUGAGCUCAGUCCAGAAUAAAGAGGUUUCACUGUACACAGGAUAAUGAGUUGUUUCUCUUCGCAAGGAAUACAGAUCAGAUAGGGGAAACUAAGAAAUAAAACAUUUCUCUUUGCGUCAAUAAAACAUUUCUCUUUGCAUCAAUAAAACAUUUCUCUUUGCAUCAAUAAAACAUUUCUCUUUGCAUCAA